AUGAAGGGUCAACAUUCUGUGCUGAGUUAUCUGCUAGCUAAGGGCGAUGAAAAUGGACUGAAAAUCGAUGCUCAAGGUCGAACACCGUUACAUCAUGCUGUGAUGGCAUCCAAUGUUUAUAAUGUCCAAUUACUACUGCAAAAAAAUGCAAAAUGUGAUAUUACAGACAAUCGAGGAGCAAUUCCACUACAUUGUGCAUGCCAUUUUAAAAGCAAUCCAGUUAUUCUUGACUUACAUAUGAAAGCAAAUAUGAGUGUCAGAGAUGGUACAGAUGAACCAAAGUUUACAUUCAUUGGCGAACAGCUCAGGAAGACAGCUAAAAUUCCGAGAGUAUGGCACGUUCCGAUGUUUAGGGAAUGCAAAUGA